AAAAAUUUUAUUUAUUUCACGGCACCACAGUGAAUCACACCUUAAAUAUGCAUAAAUACGAGUAUGCCAUUUGUUUUGGUUUUUUACUCAUUUUUCUGGAUUGUUCGCGGGCGACAUUUAACUGCUCAGCACCGCCGAACUUCAACAACUUUGACAUCAACUCAUGCUGUCGCACGCCGGAAUUGGAUAUGGGUGAUGUGCCCCAGAAGUGCCACAAGUAUGUGAGUGGCUUGAAGUCGGCGAACUCGAAAUACCCCAGCUAUGCUCAUCUGUGCUAUCCCGAUUGCAUUUACCGCGAGACGGGCGCCAUGGUCAAUGGAAGAAUUAAAAUAGACAGAGUUAAGCAGUACUUGGAAGAGCACGUUCAUCGGCGGGAUCAGGACAUCGUCUCCUAUAUAGUGCACUCCUUCGAGUCCUGUCUGUCCAACGUUAAGGCUCACAUGAAGACAUUAAACAUUGAGUCCUACAAAGUGCUGCCCCAUGGCUGUUCCCCCUUCGCCGGAAUCAUAUAUAGCUGCGUGAAUGCCGAGACUUUUCUCCACUGCCCCCCGCAAAUGUGGAAAGACGAGAGACCCUGCACUUUGGCCAAGCAAUUCGCCGAGCAGUGCAAUCCACUGCCCCAUGUUCCGCUGCCCAGCAGCUGAUGCUCCAUAUAGAUUGAUUUAUCCAAUGUGAACCUACAUUUAAAGUAAAAGUUUCGUCCAUUAAGUUUAAUUUGUCGCUAGCCGUUUAAAAGUCAUUAAAGCCGAC